GUAAAUUCGUUUGUGGCUCUUUUGUACAGUCGGUUCGUGUAGGCUGGUUUACUUGUUUUAGAGGUCAGAGUUUGUGAUUCAGUACAUGGAUCCUUUUCAAAAGCGAGAUAAAAUUCCACGGACACCACCUGGUCAAUCUUUUGUGGACAGAUCUUACAUCUUUGAUGGUACAACAAAUGGUGACUGUUCUAUUUACGACGAGUCGGGUAAUCGGAGGACUUCUGUUUUUGAUACAGCUAGAAAAUACACUCUCACUUUUGAUAACUGUGGGAACACAAGCCUUCGAACUUCAUGUGACAUAGUUUCACUCGAUAUUUCUUUGUCACUGAAACCAAAUAGAAUUUCUAGAAUCGGUGAUUUGCGGACAAGUUCACAUAUGGCAUCGUCUAGACAGUAUGGAUUGUUCACAUCAUCACCUGUUAAUGAGUCUACUCCCCGUCCAACUAAAUAUCCCCAGAAGGAAUGUAAUGAACAAACAGUUGUUAAUUACACAUCUCCAGAUAAGGAGAAUAUUUCACCAUCAAAAGAAGUAUGUCCAGAGAUUGCUACGGUUAAAAAGUGCCAUGCCAAGAGAAAACGUGAAAUUUCAGCUGAAGGUUCAGUCGUUAAUUCAUCGGUUCAAUCAACUUCUGCCGUUCCUUCGACAGUUCGGCAGCUUCGACCCAGACGCAAGGCAACUCCUAUCGUCAGUGACCAGUCAUUGUCUCAUCAGUCUGAAUGUUUAGUGAUGACGAAAAGUGCCCAAAAGAAUCCAAAUAUGAGGUCAACAAAAAGCAAACGAACUAAUUCGUCUCAUCUGUCUGAAGUAAUGAAUUCCCCAGUAGUCAUUGCCGAUCCUGUAACCCCUCCAACACUUGUUCCUCGACACAGGCGAUUACAGCCGGCCAAUACUCAGAGAAGACGACGUGCGAAUGUUAGCACUUUGGAUCACAGCAAAAUGUCAACCUCUAAUUCAACUGAAAAUGACUCAAUUAUUCAUCAGCCAUCUACUGUUCGGGCUGGUGUUGUUUGUAGAGGACGUUUCAACGGCUUUAUUUUCAGUGCAGUCUUGUAAAAGCACUUACGGUAUAUUCAGGUCAGAUAAACUAGCCAAAACCAUUCCCAUAGCCAAUUGUUCCCGCUGUUCAAACUUUGGUUUAGGAAAUCACAUAUCACAGUUAUCAAACGAGUCAGCAAUUUGCUAUGCAAUAUAUUCAUGCUCUGAGAACAUUUAUAGAUUACCAGUAUUUCGUCGUAUGUGAAACAUUCUCGCGUAUGUUAGAACAUUCAGGUGAGCACUAAUCAAGUUAGACGCAGGGUAAUAAGCGAUUCCAUUGGUGUAGUUGUGGAUCAUCAUCGACUGAGGUUAUUGGGACAUGUGUUACUCAUACCCGAUCAUCGUCUGUCUCAAUGUAAUAUCGGUUGAUGUAGUAAUAGGUUGGAGAAAAAGUGGGACCGGUCAAAUCAAAACGUGACGUCAGUCCACAAAAUAAUUGACUGUUGUUCUAAUUCUGGUUGAGGUCCACCCGAUUACCACGAUUGUUAAUUAAGGACAUGGAGUGAUGUAGCUCAAAAUCAGUUUGCAUAGUGAAAAUGGAUUCAGUUUUCGCCUGUCUUUUGGUUAUGGUUUUUAGAGUUUUCUUAUAAUUUUUACCUCGCCAAUUCAUAGCUAAAAUGAUAAAGCAGUCGUACUAUAGUGAGGGGUAUUAAUCAUAUAAAUGUGCGUGGCCAUGUGACAGCAUUUGAAGAAGGAGAGUGGACCCUCUUUUUGAAUAACCGGUUGUUUAAAUACUGCACUAUUUUAUAUUUUCUGAUCUAUUUUUAGAAAAAACCAAGGGUACAAGUCGCUUAUAAUAUUGAAGACGAGCCAAUAGCUGCACGUUUACGACGUAAAACACGUGUCUCUUAUACGGGAACAAAAACUUCAAUGUAAAUAAUGGUAUAUAACCACAUAUAUUCUGUACAAAGUACUUUGGAAUCAUACAUUUAUCUCUAUUCAAUAGUUAUCUUGUCAUUUCAAAUUGCAAUGUUUACAUUUUCCUUUCUCCAUGUAUCUAUUUACAUUUGUAGUUAUAACUAAGUAUCUUGAAUGAAUUAUACUACUUAUAGGUUAAUUUUGUUAUAUUCAUUCCAUUCCAUUCAUUUCUUCUCUUCAAUUAUUAUUUCUCUUUUCUUGAAUGUAUACUUUUGCAUAGAUUUGCUUUUGUACUUUCUUUUUCUUCUCAAUUUUACAAUAGGAU